GAUCCCAUGGCCGAGCUUAAUGCGUAUGUAUCUCAAUUCCCUCGAAGUUGAUUCUUGCCGCUAACCUUCAGAAGUCCCACAGGACCCAGGUCCAUGAGAAAUGGUGACGCUCGAGGAGGACGGGGAAAGCGCAACAUUCUAGGCCAGGUGAACCGUGCUAUGGAUCGAUCCCAUGACUCUGUCCUUCACCGCGUGAGAGGUGGCGGCAACGAAAGGAUCAACGCGCAUAACAGACAGCCACCGACCGGCCCGCGCGGCGCUGGUCGCAUGGGAAACAACCGUGCCAUGAACAACAGGGCGAACAACAUUGCACACGGCAUGGCUGCGCAAAUGCAAGGCAUGCCCGGCAUGCCCGGCAUGAACAUGAACGAUCCCAAUUUCAUGAUGGCGGCCAACCCGAACCCCAACCCGAACGGACAGGGCGAUAUCUUCUCUCUUCUGCAACAACAAAAUCAGAUGAUGGCAGCCCUAUCACAACAACUGGCUGAGUCGCAGAGGCAAAACCAGCAGGGAGGUCGCGGUCGCGGUGGGAGGUCGUUGUUCGAUCGCACAGAGCGUGGCCGAGGUAACCGCAGGGGCGGCCAUCAAGGCAACGGACACCACGCACGCCAAGACGAGGCAGCUAAUGGAGGGGCCGAAGGUGACGACGUCGAAAUGGGUGGUGAGCGUCAACCACCAAACCCAGAGACUACCAUCUGCAAGUACAACUUGGCUUGCACCAACAAGGACUGCAAGUUUGCCCACCAGUCGCCGGCCGCACCCCCCGGCAUCACAGUCGAUGUCAACGACGUGUGCACUUACGGCGUAGCUUGCAAGAACUUCAAGUGUGUCGCCAGACAUCCUUCGCCAGCUACCAAGCGCGCGCAUCAAAGUGAACAGGAAUGCAAGUUCUACCCAAACUGCACCAACCCAAGGUGUCCCUUCAGGCAUCCGGAAAUGCCUGUGUGCCGAAAUGGAGGCGACUGCAAGACCGAGGGCUGCAAGUUUACUCAUCUUCAGACUCAAUGCAAGUUCAACCCCUGCACCAACCGAUUCUGUCCAUACAAGCACGAGGAAGGCCAGCGCGGUACUUUCGAGGACAAGGUGUGGACAGCCAAUGGUGGCAGUAACGGCCACGUCAGCGACAGGCAGUUCACAAGCAACGAAGCCGAGGAGAAGCUUAUCCCGGGGGCAGAGAACGCUGCUAUGGAUGCGGAGGUUGCAUAGAUUGAUGGACGUCUCCUCCCAGCAUUCUGGGCCCCGCAAUGCUACGGCUUCCACGUACCGUGUCAGCACUGGAAGAUAUUCCCUGUGGUUUUGAGGAAAGCAAUUCGACAAACUAUGAAGCGUUGGUUUUUGAGGAUCAAAGGAUCAUUAAUGGAGAAGCAAACAGAAUGAUGACAGUCUACGAUGAAUGGACCAGGCCUGGCUGAGGAGGGAAAGUCAGAAAGCAGAAAGCCCAAAAGCAGGACGUGAGCUUUGUAUUAUAGGUCAGAGAAGCCGAGGGUGGCAUGCAUGGCUGCGCGCUCACAGCAGGCAGCGGGCGUCGAGGCAUUGGGAAAUGCAAUAGAUCAUACAGGCGUUUAUAUGGCUACAGGAAAAGUCGGGAACAGUUGAUUUCAUCGUGAUACCAAAAUAUACCCAAUGUGCAUUCUUUCUGUGA